CGCCUCGCCGUGCCGAUGGCGUUUGGGGCCCCGAGCUGGCGGCCGCCGCCGCCGCCGCUGCUCCUGCUGCUGCUCUGGGUGACCGGGCAGGCGGCGCCGGUGGCAGGCCUGGGCUCCGACGCCGAGCUGCACAUCGAGCGGCGCUUCGUGCCCGACGAGUGCCCGCGCACCGUGCGCAGCGGCGACUUCGUGCGCUACCACUACGUGGGCACCUUCCCCGACGGCCAGAAGUUCGACUCCAGCUACGACAGAGACUCCACUUUCAACGUGUUUGUGGGGAAAGGACAGCUGAUCGCGGGGAUGGACCAAGCUCUGGUCGGGAUGUGUGUCAACGAGAGGCGUUUCGUGAAGAUCCCCCCAAAGCUUGCCUACGGAAGCGAAGGGGUUUCUGGCGUGAUCCCCCCAAACUCCGUGCUUCAUUUUGACGUACUUCUGAUGGACAUCUGGAAUUCCGAAGACCAGGUUCAGAUCCACACAUAUUUCAAGCCCCCCAGCUGCCCUCGGACCAUCCAGGUGUCUGAUUUUGUAAGGUACCACUACAACGGGACGUUCUUGGAUGGGACACUCUUUGAUUCAAGUCACAAUCGCAUGAAGACAUAUGACACGUACGUGGGGAUCGGCUGGCUGAUUCCUGGAAUGGAUAAAGGGCUCCUGGGGAUGUGUGUGGGGGAGAAACGCAUCAUCACCAUCCCGCCUUUCCUGGCCUAUGGAGAGGAGGGAGAUGGGAAGGACAUUCCUGGACAGGCAUCUCUGGUGUUUGAUGUUGCAUUGCUGGACCUCCACAACCCCAAGGACAGCAUUUCCAUUGAGAACAAGGUAGUGCCUGAAAACUGUGGACGGAGAAGUCAGAGCGGGGACUUUCUCCGGUAUCAUUACAAUGGCACACUUCUGGAUGGCACCUUCUUUGAUUCCAGCUACUCCCGGAACCGCACCUUUGACACGUACAUUGGGCAGGGCUACGUGAUUCCUGGCAUGGAUGAAGGUUUACUUGGUGUCUGCAUUGGGGAGAAGCGGAGGAUCGUGGUCCCCCCUCACCUGGGUUAUGGGGAAGAGGGAAGAGGGAAUAUCCCUGGCUCCGCGGUGCUGGUGUUUGACAUCCACGUGAUCGACUUCCACAACCCCUCGGACUCCAUCAGCAUCACCUCGCACUACAAGCCCCCCAACUGCUCGGUGCUGAGUAAGAAGGGGGAUUACCUCAAGUAUCACUACAACGCCUCGCUUCUUGAUGGGACCCUGCUGGACUCCACGUGGAAUUUAGGCAAGACUUACAAUAUCGUUUUGGGGUCUGGACAAGUCGUGCUGGGAAUGGACAUGGGCCUCCGAGAGAUGUGCGUUGGGGAGAAGCGCACAGUGAUCAUCCCUCCCCACCUGGGCUACGGCGAGGCCGGCGUGGAUGGAGAGGUGCCCGGCAGUGCCGUGCUGGUGUUCGACAUCGAGCUGCUGGAGCUCGUGGCCGGCCUGCCUGAGGGGUACAUGUUCAUAUGGAACGGCGAGGUGUCCCCCAACCUCUUUGAAGAGAUCGACAAGGACCACAACGGAGAAGUGGUCCUGGAGGAGUUCUCGGAGUACAUUCAUGCCCAGGUGGCAUCUGGCAAAGGGAAACUCGCUCCAGGUUUCGAUGCCGACAUGAUCGUGAAGAAUAUGUUCACCAACCAGGACCGAAACGGAGACGGAAAGGUCACGGCUGAGGAAUUUAAGCUCAAAGACCAGGAGGCCAAACACGAUGAACUCUAAACGCGACACGAGCUACUCGGUGCCAGGGAGUGCGUGAUGCCACGCCACCUGCCACGGCAGGACCUGCAGUGAGGGCACGAGGGUGUCUAGGAGGGCACAUCAUUAGCAAGUAGUAGGUGGGUCACACAGUACCUGGUGCAUCCCUCGGGGUGCUCCACACACCUGGGGAACUGCAGGCUGCCCGGACGGCAAACAAGACCGGUGCAGAGCGCCCUGGCGUGGGAUGUGUUUACGAUUGAUUGGAAAGGCUGCCCUGCCAACCUUUACUUCUGAGUCUUCUGGGAAGUUUUGUUCUUAAAGGAAAAAAGUGUCAUGUAGCAGUUAUAACCUUGUUGGAGAAGCCGAAGGAAAAGGGUCCAGGGUUUCUAUCUAGGGAGGGUUAAAAAAUUGUUUUCACUUGCUGAUGUUUUAAAAGUAUUCUUCACUUGGGAAGUGAACAGUGAAAAAGCUGUCUGUCUCUCUGUCUCUCCCCUCUCUCACUGUGCCUUACCAUUCAAUAAAUAAAUAUUUUUAAAAAAUACUCUGAUGAGCAGGCAAAACAAAGGGCAUGGCCCAGUGAGACUGGCAGAACAACCUGUAGCUUUCUCAGCAUCCUGGUGAUGCCCGGUCCCUGCCCCCUCCACGCAGAAAACACACGCUACCCUUGCCCAGCACAUCACGGUCCACCCCUGGGCUCUUCCCAGGCAUGGGGUAACCUGAAGGUUAAAAGGAGCCUCCUGCACAGAAAAUACGGUGCACCACAUGGGACGCGGGUCGGACCAGGAUUAGAGAGUGUGAUUCUGCCUUGGCCAGGUAGGGUUACCUGCUCCUUCUUAUUGGAGCCCCUCUCCCCUUCCCACACUGAGUCAUGCGGGUUACACAGACACCCAGGGCUGGUGGCUGGAUGGCAGCAUCGUCCCCAUGGAUGAGCUUGGCCAAAGGGACCUUUUCCCACCUCUCACUAUGUCCUUGAUUGUGGCGCCACGAAGGCCUGUUCCACAUUCUGUGUCCCACACCGUGUUGGCGCCUGCUCAGAAUCCAGGUCUUCCCUUUUGAAACUGCUUUACUAAUUUAAACUGUUUUGUACUGAUGUAGCCCUGCCAUAAUUCACAAAAAUGCUGUGCACUUGUUCAGUGGAAUGAAUUUUGGAAAACUGACCUUGUAUAAAAUAUUGAAUUGUA